AAUGAAUGCCACGUACUGGUUGACGUUGACAGUUUGGAGGAGACUUCCUGAUGCUGACACCCGGGUCUAGCUAGGCUAGCUAACUGAUUCAAUUUUCACGGUUUGGGGGGAAACCUGUGAAGUACAGCGUGGUCAAGUCGUCUGAUUCAGUUGUGGGAACAGAAUAGGUCGGACGGCACCAUGAACGGUCAGCUGGACCUGAGCGGGAAGCUGAUCAUCAAAGCCCAGUUGGGCGAUGACAUCAGACGCAUCCCUAUCCAUAAUGAAGACAUUACUUAUGAUGAGCUAGUGCUGAUGAUGCAACGCGUCUUCAGGGGAAAGCUGCAGAGUAAUGAUGAGGUUACCAUCAAAUACAAGGAUGAAGAUGAUGACCUCAUCACCAUCUUUGAUAGCUCUGACCUCUCCUUUGCCAUCCAGUGCAGUAGAAUACUCAAAUUGACUUUGUUUGUGAAUGGACAGCCACGGCCUUUGGAGUCUAGUCAGGUCAAGUACUUGCGCAGGGAGCUCAUUGAGCUAAGGAAUAAAGUCAACAACCUCCUGGAUAGCCUGGAGCCCCCCACAGAGCCUGGUCUGUCUGCUACAGCACCAGACAGUGAAUCAGUGGAUGGACGUGAAGGAAAAGUGGUGGCAACAGACCCCACUGUGAAACAGGCCACUCCAGUCAGCGCAGCCAGCAUGUCAGCCUUUGAUCCAUUAAAAAACCAGGAUGAGGUCAACAAGAACGUCAUCUCAGCUUUUGGCCUGAGUGAAGACCAGGCCCCAGCUCCUCCAGCGGUUGCACCAGAGGAACGCUCAGGAACUCCUGACAGCAUCGCCUCCUCUUCUUCUGCAGCACCUCAGCCAGCAGUGCCCCCCCAACCACAAGCUCCCUAUCCUGGAGUACAGCAGGGACCCCCAGCUGGCAUGGAUGGUCAAGUGUACCAGCAGUAUCAGGCUCCAGGUGGAUACCCACCUCAGCAACCAGGUGCUCCGCCACAACAGCAGCAGUAUGGUAUGCAGUACCCUGGAUACAGCACUCAGCCCGGAGCCCCUCAGCCAGGCCCACCACAGCCACAGCAGCAACAGCAGCAGUUUCAGAACUACGCACCUCCCUCCUCCCAGGCUCCAGCCUCCGGCCCUGCCCCAGCUCCGGGCUUCCAGGGAGGCCAGCAACAGCCCCAUCCAUCUCAAGGAGGCCAGCAGUAUCCACCAGGAACCUUUCCUCCCCAAAACUAUACCUCCCAGGCCUCCCAGCCUACUAACUACAGCAUGCCGCCCAGCUCUCAGCCCGGCUCAGGGUACCAACCUCGCCCUGGAUACACCCCACCUCCAGGCAGCACCGUCACCCCUCCACCAGGAGCUGCUAACCCGUACGCCCGCAAUCGCCCCCCUUACGGCCAAGGCUACACUCAGCCAGGCCCUGGAUAUCGGUAAAAGAGGAUAGCGGAUGUUACUGAUGCCCACACGCCCCUCCAACCUCUACCCUACAUGUGGCUUCAACUGUUUGGCCUGGGUGCAAGAAAUAUGGUCUACUGCUCUGCAUCCCCCCACUCCCACCCCCCCACACCCUCGUACAAAUAACAAAUAUGAAACAAGAAACUCCCCCAGUCUGAUGGUUAGUGUUUGUAAGCUGUCUCUCCAACAUACUGCUCUGUUCGGGCCCUGGUGUAUGUUCCUUGUGUUAUUUUCACCUCUUCUCGUCACCACCACCUCUGUCUGCUCUGCCCUAUCGUAUCUGUCAUUGUAAAAAUGUAACCAGUCUGUAUGCACACACCUGGAAGACCAAAACAGGCUGUUUUUUGUUUUGUUUAUUGUUAUUAUUUUGUGUUUUUCGAUGGUAACAUUUCAUUUAGUGAGUGAGAGCUGCAUCCACACGUCAGUGACAAACAUGUCAGCUGGAUAUGUUCAGGUUACUGUGUGAUGAUGAUGAUGAUGCCGUCUAAAUGAAAAGUUACCCAUGUCAUUUGUCUGUUUUCGUUCUUUAACUUGAUUUCACCACCAUGUUGGUAUUAAUGAUAUGUCAAUGAAACUGCCCCAUGUUGGGAACACUAGCUAAGUGAUGGCUUAUGGGAGGUGUAGAUCCCAGUAUCACGAAGAAGGCUUCAUUUGUUUAGUUCGUUAUAUCACCUCCAGUAAAGCUUGCUACUCCUCUUUCUCUUAAUCUUAUCACUGGUUUUUACUAAUAAAUCAAAUUCCACCUUCAAGUGAGAUUAGUUGUUUAUGUAUAAACUGUAACAUUUUUUUCUUGAACCUAAUAAAGGAUUGAGACCCAGUUUGA